CCCUGUCACCGUUGGAAUGAGCAUCCACAUCUCCAGCAUUGACCAGAUUUCAGAAGUCAACAUGCCUCUGUCCUGCUCGUUCCAAUGGAAGCCCAGCUCUUUGGUGUCUGUCCCCAGUAGAGAAAGCCUGUGUUCCUGCAUGGCAAUGAAGCUCAUGUCCAUUGGCCUUCCCCUCCAAGAGGACUACACCAUCACCAUGUAUUUCCAGCAGAGCUGGAGGGACAAGCGCCUGGCAUACAGUGAUUUUGAUUUCAACCUGACUUUGGACAACCGUGUGGCCGAUCAGCUGUGGCUCCCUGACACCUACUUUCUGAAUGACAAGAAAUCCUUCCUGCAUGGAGUGACUGUGAAGAACCGCAUGAUCCGUCUCCAUCCCGAUGGAACGGUCCUGUAUGGCCUCAGAAUCACCACUACUGCCGCCUGCAUGAUGGAUCUGCGCAGAUACCCCCUGGACCAGCAGAAUUGCACCCUCGAAAUUGAGAGCUAUGGCUACACCGUUGAUGACAUUGUGUUCUACUGGCAAGGGAAUGACUCGGCUGUGACUGGGAUGGAUACGUUGGAGCUGCCUCAGUUUACCAUCAUGGAACAAAGACUGGUUACCCGAGAAGUGGUGUUUACCACAGGUUCAUACCUGCGUUUGUCACUGAGCUUCCGGAUCAAGAGAAACAUCGGCUACUUCAUCCUCCAGACUUACAUGCCCUCUGUGCUCAUCACCAUCCUGUCCUGGGUCUCCUUCUGGAUCAAUUAUGAUGCUUCUGCUGCCAGAGUGGCACUAGGUGUAACUACAGUGCUCACCAUGACCACCAUCAACACUCACCUGCGGGAGACCCUUCCCAAGAUCCCAUACGUGAAGGCAAUCGACAUCUAUCUCAUGGGAUGCUUUGUCUUUGUGUUCCUGGCUCUUCUGGAAUAUGCCUUUGUUAACUACAUCUUCUUUGGACGUGGUCCCAGUGAGCAGAGCAGGCAGGCCCAGGCUGGCAAGCGUUCUCAGUCCCAGGGAAAGCGAGGCAAAGGACGCAGAGGACCUCAGGUGGAUGCCCAUGGAAACAUUGCCUUGAGUGUUCUGGAAAUAACCAAUGAGAUGGAGGAAUCCGAAGCUGGCAGUUCUGGAGCAUCCUUCGACAUCUCUGGGCUUCAGCUACGCAGGGGAGCAACUUCCCGGGCUGCCCUUAACCAGCCAAUGGAGCCAGCCAUCAGCCCUAUCGGGGGUCGCCGCCGCCGCCGCAGCUCUGGGGGCCGCCACCGUGGUGGACGCCUCCGCCGCCGCUCCCCCAAACUGAAGCUCAGAAUGCCCACCCUGAAUGAUGUCAGCGUGGUCGAUAAGUGGUCUCGGCUUGUCUUUCCGGUCACCUUUGCCUUCUUCAACCUCUUUUACUGGCUAUACUAUGUCAAUUAAGUCCCCAUGGCCUUUCGGGAAAGAUAAUUAGGCAGUAUGACCCGGGCACUGUGGUCCUUUUCACUUUGCUUUUCCUUUUGGUCCCUUCUUCCAUUAUUUGGUUCAUUACUUUAGUUCUAGAUUUCUCUACUCUUUUCAGCACAUUGCAAAUACCAAGUGUGUCAGGAUAGGGAGAGGAGGAAAAAAGGGCAUGUGGAGAUGGAAGAGACUAGUGCCUCUAUUUGGUUUGUGCUGAAAGUCUUUCACCUUUUAAAAAAUGCCAGAACCAAGCCGACAAGCACAAAAAAGCCCCCAAAUUUGCUCAUUACAGAGCACCAGUUCUAGUUUGAGUGGUAGAGUAAGUGUAAAGGAUGGGAGGGGCUGAUUGUGUUGGGCCCUAGCCCCCAUUCACCACUCAUAAUCACUCCUGAUUUCUUUUCGUUCUUUUUCGACACUGUCCAUUUCAGUUCCAUCUCAUUUCUCACAGAGUCUAGGAUGGACUCCCUACCCCUGAGAUAAGGAAGCGUAUCCUAUUUUGUGAGCGUUUGGCUCUUGCUCCUUCCCCCUUCUCCUGGCUCAGAAUUUUGGUGAAUUAAGUGACAUGGACAAUGAAAAUCUUACUGGCUGAGCUGGGGAAGGCUGAGGUGAGUAGUGUUAAUGCUUGCCAUGUAUUAGAAACUUGGAGGAAUGGGUGGGAAAAUUGGAGCCAAUGGAGGGCAUGCAGCCAAACAGACACAAAUUGGAAGGACCUUUUCCACCUUUAGGCAUUCAGGUUGUUUUUUGAUUGUGUGUAUGUGUGUUCAAGAACAUGGCUUUGUAGCAAGAAUCAAAGAGGAAGGCAUUAGAGGGAGCUCUUCAGGGGUUGGGGGAGGUGCUGGGGAACCUAGGGGAAAUCUAAGGGAAGGUUAUGUGUGGUGCUUGCUUGGCAUUCUCUGUUGGGGAAGAGUAGGGUCUGUUGUGUCUGUGGAUACUCAGGGUUAGGGACUCCAUCCAUCUCAUCCAUCCAUGGCUACCCAGCCCUACAGAACUCAGAAAGGGAUGUGGGACACCCAUCCUCUUAAACUGUUAGCAGAUGGAAAGCUGGGUGGCACCACCUUUUGUUGGCCAUUGUUUUAGUCAGGAUUUGGCUUCUCCUGGCAUUCGCUGAGUUGAUCCCUGCUAUGGUACCUUACAUAUAGUAGGCAUUUGUUAAAUGAAUGAAUGUUUCAAAGAUCAACUCUGAGGACCAGGGUGAGGGAAGUUCUGACUUUUCCAGCACAUUCAGGUGAAGAAAAAUUCAUGGGCCUCAAAAAUAAGCUCGUUUUCCACUUCUUCCAUCUUUUCUUCAUCUGGUUCCUAUCUAGUUGCCCAGCUGCACUCUCUGAUUUUUCGGCAGGGAAGUUGAUGAGCAUCUGUCUCCUAAACAGUCAGGAAGUGGGGACAACACUCGUUGGUGAAGAACAGAGUGUGAGACUUGGGUGGAGAUUUGACCUAAAGGUUUGUAGAGAGAAGAUUUGAGUUCGGAGAAGGGAGGGGGUAGUUUGAAGGCUGAUUUGUCUGGUGCUUUGGGAGAGUAACAAAGAGCUGGAAAGUGGUCUGAUGGUAGAAUUUAACGGAGUAGCCAACGAUGUUGUCCCCUCCUCCUACUGCCCCACAACCCAAGUCACAAUGAGAGUAGAGAGGGGCCCCUAGCCUGCCCCUCUCAGCUCCCAGAGUGGCGUGGGCCUCCUCUGCAGGCGGCAAGUUUGACAGGAGGCUUGAGUUAAGAGGGAAGCUAUGACAGCCAUCUAGCUGACCCUCACUCAGCCUCGUAGAAACCAAAAUGAGAGGACCAAGGGGAUAAAAGCAGACAAAAACUCAUCUAUUUCUUUGAGAUAAGGCUAGCUUUGUGUUCUCUUCCUGCUGGCUGUGGAAAUUGGGACUGUCCCAUUUAAUGGAACAGUUUUCUUUUCCCCAGCAUCAGAGAGUUCAUCUCCCACACUCCCAAACAGACCUCAUGAAUAUUGAUUUGCAACAAAAAAGGUGAAAGAUUCUAAAAACUUUCCCUUCUACUUUUCUCUCUUUCCAUCUUCUUUCUUGUCUUUUCCUCCCUUCUCCAUUUCUCAGGGUUUCUCAAGAUUUUAUCAUGUAUGCCUUUGGCACUUUCCCUUUUUGGCAUUACUGCACAAUCUGUUUCAACCCAGUGCCCUGGUAUAACUAAAAAAAGUGUCUUAAGUAGCACCCCAAAUUCAAUUAGAAAAAAAGCAAUUCAGAGGUGGGCAACUCUGUUCAAUACAUAGUACUUAAUGUGGCUUUCACUUGUCAAAUUCUAGUCAACUCCUCAUAAGAGAACUUUCCCGAAGUACUAAUAUUUUAAAGCAGAAUUCCUUAAGCAAGUACCUUUUUGAGAGUAACCAUUGUCUUAUGUUCUAAACCCUGCCUGGCAAAGGCCAUAAGCCAGGUGGUGACUGCUCGUAAUUCGAGAUGGCCUCUGCAUUUUGCUUUUCCCUCUCUCUCUCUCUCCUCUUCUCCUAUCAAUUUUUACUCCCUAUGGUCCCUCUGCCACACAAGAAGAGACAUUUUAUAGUGCCAGCUCCUUCCCCGCAGAAAAAAAGUCCGGGGCUUUUGCUAAGGGGCAUCCUAAGGGCAGUCAGAGAUCCUGCUGCCCUAUAGGAGCUGAGAUGAGAACCAAGGCCUCCCUCCCCCCCGGCCAUAUGGGCAUCUCGGCAUAAGGCAAAUUACAAGGUGCUUCUUCCACCCCCCUCUCAACUUGAGUGCAUUAUAUAUAGGGGUUUCUUUUUGUAUUCUAGCACUCUUUGGGGGUGGAUCAUCUUUGAGCUCUUCUCUGUGGCCCCCUUAUUUCUAUUUUUAAGCAGAGGUGAUAAACCCUGCGUGGGCCUCUACUCCUGAGGCAGGGACCAAACCCUUAAGAGGAGAGAAUAACCCCUUCCCCACUGUGUAUCGUGCUUUCUAUUUGUCAAAGUGUUUUUUAUAUGCUUGAUUGUAUUUAAUCAACCUUGUGAUCAUAAUCCACAUUUUAAACAUUACAAAAUUUUGAGGCCAGAGUGGAAAAGUGACUCACCUGAAAUCACACAGGAAGUUAAAAGCAGAGCCAAUAGCAGAACCCAGUUAGAACUUGUGACUCCCAGCCUAGGGCUGACUUCAUAAUCUCUGCUGCCACCAGUGAGCAGCAGCAGCUGCAACAAACCCAAAGUUCUCUGACCUCCAGAAUAACUGUGAGGUGGCCUCUAGGAAUCCCUGAGUAGAGUGGGUUGUUAUCUGAGUUAGAGGUGAGCUCUGGGGGGUGCCAGGUGAGCUCAAAACCAGCAGGAAUCCAAGGGUGACAGGAUAGAAAUUCUAGGGGUUCAAAAAACCAAGUGUACAAGCAACAUCUAGGCACUCAGACUAAUGACCAUGGCGGGAACCUUGACCUGGAUUAGCCACAAUAAUAGCAAAAUGACAGGAUCUACUCACAAAGCUCCGCCUGAGAGCAUUUGGUAAGAUUUUCCAUUCAAACUACUCUAAAACUGUGCUUCUUGGCUUCAGGGGCAAAAGUGAAUGUGCUACUCACAAUGGCUUGGGGGCCUUACCAAGUCUACUGGCUCCCCAGGCUUCUUGCCCAGAAACCAUUUGCUCCCAUCUCCCUGUCCGCUCAGCCACUCACUAGGCUCUCCCUUACCAUGCUGUGCACUUCCUCAGCUAUCUAACCAACAACCCUCUAUGUUGCUUUCCUCC